GGCUGAAAACGGAGAAAGUGGAAGUUUGCUUUCUUUUUGGCGCGAGGGAGCCAUGGCUGCUCCUGCUGUAGGAGGGGGUCCCGUGCAGAGUCUUUGCGAUGAAGCCACUUGCUCCAUCUGCCUGGACUAUUUCAAGGAUCCGGUGAUGAUCCCAGAAUGUGGGCACAACUUCUGCCGGUCCUGCGUGAUCCAGUGCUGGGGGGAAUCGGAGGCAGAGGCUUUCUGCCCUCACUGCAGAGAAACGGUUCAGGAAAGGCGCCUCAUCCCAAACUGGCCGUUGCAAAACGUGGUAGAAAUAGCCAAGAAGCUCAGUCUUCAAGAGGGGAAGGAGGAAGGAGGAAAAGAAAAGGUUUGUGAGAAGCACCAGGAGCCCCUGAAACUCUUCUGCAAGGAGGACGGAGCCCCCAUUUGUCUUGUGUGCGACAGAUCCAAAGAGCACGUAUGUCACGAGACGAUUCCUCUGAAAGAGGCUUCCAAGGAGUACAAGGGACUGAUGUGUAGACGCCUGGAGAUUCUGAGGAGAGAGAGAGAAAGAAUUCUGGCCUAUCAAGAAGACGUGAAAAAGGAAUGUGAGGACCUCCUUAAAUUAACAGAAGCUGAGAGGCAGAAGACAGCGGAGAAGUUCAGACAACUGCACCAGUUUAUCGAAGAACAAGAAAAAUGUCUGCUGAAUGAGAUAGAAAAGGUGGAGAAGGAGAUUGCAAGGAAGAGGGAAGAGCACCUGGCCAGGCUCUCCAAGGAACUCUCCUAUGUGAAAAGGAUCAUCCAGGAGAUGCAGGAGAAGCGCCAGCAGCCAGAGAGUGAAUUCCUGCAGGAUGUGAGGAGCACCUUGCAGAGGUAUGACAAAAGACAGAAAUUGGAGAAUCCACCAACUUUCCCUCCAGAGCUGAAGAAAAAGACCUCCAGAUUCUGUGAUAUAGACCAACUUCUGGAUUCUGCCAUGAAGAAAUUCCAAGACUCCCUUUCAUUCAGAGAACAUCUUCAGCAAGAUAAUUGGUCAUUUGGACAACAGUUUCAGAAAGCAAAUGUCACUCUGGAUCCAGACACAGCUGAUACCAGGCACAUCCUGUCUGAGGAUCGGAAAAGUGUGAGACUGGGAGAAAAACCUCGUGAAAGAUACAGCGACUACUGUCCUCCUAUGUUAGGACGUGAGGGAUUCACAGCAGGCAAACAUUUCUGGGAAGUCAACGUGGAAAAUGGGAGAGGAUGGGUUGUAGGGGUCGCUGUGAAGUCAGUGAGCAGGGAUGGAUCUCCCCUAAGUCCCGAGGGAGGGAUCUGGGCUGUACAAUUGAAAAAUGGUCAGCACAGGAUCUGCAGUUCCCUUAAUCCCCUUUGUCUGUCCCUGAAUGGGAAGCUCAAGAGGAUCCGGGUGACUCUGGACUAUGAAGGCGGAUGUGUGUCUUUUUAUAAUGCUGACUCUGGAACCAAACUCUACACUUUCUCAGGAGCCUGGUUCUCUGGAGAGACCCUUCUCCCUUUCUUUCGGGUGGAUACAGUUUCUACCCACCUUGAGAUCUGCUGAGGAGACUAAAUCUGCCUCACCAGAAUGACACACACAACACACAUGUGUAAUUGAAUUUAUAUAUCGCCCUAUGCUUGGGGGUCUCAGGGUGGUUCAUACACACACACACACACACACACACACACACACACACACACACAUAUAUAUGCUUCUCAGGAGCCCUUUUGGCAGCUUUUGAGGAGUCCUUUGGGAGGAUUCAUUCCAGUCACAAUCAGCAUAAAUAAUAAAGCAAACAAAAAUAAGACUUUGUCUUGUUUUUCUUCCUUUUCCCAGAAUUCCCCCUGCAGCUUAUUUUUUAAAGAGACAGUAACACUUUAACUUUCCCAAUAAAUAACAUAUUCCUCAAAAGGGUUCAGCUUCCA